AUGAUAAUUAGUUUCUUUGCUAUAACUUGCAUGUCUCAGAGAAAGCCAACAAUAACAUAUCCAGAAGACAUAUUCCCAGAAUGUAAAAAAAUUGAAUCUGCAGAUUUACGUCCAAAAUUCGUAGAUCUGAAAAAAGACCAGUUUGCGUGUAUUGAAGGUUCAAUGAUGCUUGCAGGAAAAGGUCAAUAUGAAACGAUAUCAGCAAUGCCAUAUGAAAUUAAGCUAUUUGAAAUUAAAUAUAAUAAAACGAAUACAGUUAAAAAUGCAUUAGCGGUUCUUGGAGAUCAUGUACAUUUUGCAAAAAUUAUAUCUAAAGUAACAUGUCUUUCAACAGAUGGUUGUCGUAUUCAAUUUAUGGAAAUUGAUAUUUCAUUUUAUCAGGAAAACCAAAAUAUACCAAAUUCUAGCUGGAAAGGCACGAGUGGAACUAUAAAUAUUGUUUCAACUAAAAAUAAAGAUAAAUUUAAUUUGAAACAGAUUAUUGAGGUCAAUAAAAAUAAGAAGAAAAAAACAGAUUUAGGUUCGAGAAUUCAAAUUGUCAGUCCAUUAAGAAAGACUUUGAAAUAUAAGAGAGAUAAGCAUGUUGAUCUCUUUUAUAAUACCGAUAGCGAGUAUUAUAAUAAUACUAUAUAUAAGUUCCAAACAACUUUAGAUAAGAAUGAAGAAAUAUUUAUUUACACGAAAUUCUAUUAUAAUGAGGAUAUAUACGUUUCAAGUAAUGUUGAAAUUGAAUGGGAACCUGAGGCAAAUCAAUCAAUUUCUGAAAAUGAUUCAGAAUGGUAUUUUCCAGAAAUGACGAUAACAGUUACAGCAAAAGAGGGAAUUUUCACAAUUGAAAACAUAUCCCAAAAAUAUCCUUUAUUAUAUUCUUCGGGCUUAUCUAUUGUUUUUAUUUGUUGUAUUGUUGCAGCCAUUAUAAUUGUUGUAAUUGGAAUAAGUCUUACUGUCUAUCUGAUCCAAAAAAGAAAGAGUUAUCAAAAUGGAAUCAAUUCGAAUCUGAUAACAUGA